AUGGAUACAAUGCUGAAAUGGUGUGAGUCAUAUUUAGUGGAUCGUUUCCAGCAGGUUUUUAGUGACGAUAAACCUGCCGUUGAUGAGGGGUGCCACAGGAUUAGGUGUUCCACAAGAUUCGAUGUAAACAUUGAAGCAUGUUUAAUAGCCCCAGAGCCAGAUGAAGUGGCGCUGCAAAUUAUUAGUGAGGUCGGAACAUUUCACAAGUUCAGAACAAUGCAAAGAUACGUCAGGAAUUGUAGUCCACAACAAUCCAUAAGUUCCAUCAGUCAGUCGCUUCCAUCCCCAUUUUUCUGGAUCAUACACUGGUGCUAA